UUUCAGAGCUCCAGUGCAUAUAGUGGCCACAAGUAAAAGUUUACAUUCCUAUGCUCGUCCUCCACCAACUCUCUCGGAAAGUGAAAUCAGCCUCUCUGCUAGUCAUUGGGAAGAACAGACCACUAUAAAGCGGGAAAGGGCAAACAGUGAAUCAGAGUCCGACAUCUUCUGUAUGUCUUCUCUAUCUGAUGAUGAUGAGCUUGGAUGGUCCCACUCAUGGCCACAAACUGCAUGGAACUGUUUCAUGAAAGGGACACGUCUGCGCUUCCAGAAGGGUGAUGUUAAAGAUUGGCAGGAUGUUGAAGAAUUUGCAAAACUGGAAAUUAACUCUGAAGAUGAAAAAGGCUUGAAGAACCAUUCACAAAAGAAAUAUAGAUUUGGAUCUGAAGGGCUAAAGUUAGUGGCUCAUACGGAAACUGUUUCCUUUGGACGUUCAGUACUGAAAUUAACCUUUGACCCUGGCAAGUCGCAAAUUGGCAAAUUAAUUGCAGAGUGCAGAUUGGACCAUCCCUUCUAUGUAAAAAACAAAG